CCGGGGUUUCCGGGUAUUCUUGGCUCUGCAGGGUAGAAUCAGCUGGAUGGUAGGCCUAAUAUCUACUCCUCGAAACAAAGUAUCAUCCAUCGCAAUCAACCUCACAAACACAUACAACAAAGUCCUCAAAGACAACUACAUAUCCACAAUGCAGUUCUCCAAGUCUAUCGUGGCUACCGCCCUUGCUCUCUUCGCCUCCAGCGCUGUUGCAAGCACAGUCGAUAUCGCCUACACCUCCAAUGGCGCUUACUACAACCAGCAGGUCGAGCCUUACCAACGUACUCCGUUGACUCAGCCUGGAUCCAUUAGCACCUUUCAGAACACUGCCAACUGCUAUCUCUUCAACUACUAUGGCCAGGAGGUCUACUAUGUUGCAGCGGGUGCAACGAACAUCGACCCUCCAGUCAACGCUGCAUCCGUCCAGUGCCAAGACCCCUCUUCCAACUAGAUGAGCGCCGGCUUGACGUGAAUUCUGUACGCCUAGUCGAAGAACUGUUGGGUAUGCAAGGGUAUGUGGG